AUGAAGGACGACAUUGAACUCGAGCCCCUCGGCGCAUCCAAGCCCCAGCCACCUCCGCGCCACCCGGCAGCAGAAGGCUCUCUCCAUGCUGCCUACAAAUCCGCCGAGGACAAGGCCAAAGCCAUGAUACAUCUCCAGGAGGGCGGCAUGGACGCCAUCUCUGUCUGGGGGCUGGUCAUUGCGGCUUGGUUUGCCAUUCUGGCCAUCCCUCUUCUCUUGUUCCCUCGCAUCCUCCUGUUCUUCUCCCAGGUAGCACCUCCCAAUACACCAUUCUCGUCAUCGUCUGUGGCAAACCACGCUGCUACCGCAGCAGCUCGGGAGAACCAUUACGACACCCUCACAUCUCUUGAAUCUACCCUGUGCCUCACGCUGUCUUUCGGCCUUCUCGCGGUCGCUCUCAUCUCCGUGUUCCUCCUCGUGCCUACGUAUGACCCCGAAGUCGUCACGCCCGGUAGAGGCGUGCUGGUAGGUAUUCUCACGGGGCUGAUGACAAUACUUGGGUGGGUGCUAUGGAAUGCACGAGGACUGGGCGCACUGGGAACGCUCUUGGGUGGCGGGAAUUGGUUCGUAGCGCUCUGGGGGUGGUGGGUGCUUCUAUUUGGAGGGGGCAGGUCGGAAAUGAUGCGAGGGCAGAAGCACAAGACCCCAAAGAGACUGAAAAAGUUGUGA